AUGAUAAGCCUUAGUUAUACGUUGUUCCUUUGCUCUAGGAAGCUCAUCCCUUCCGAAGUGGUUCACAUUGGUGAAGCUAGUCGGUACUGGGAAAGUAUUCCUAACAAAAAGCUCGAGCCCCAAGAUGCUGGCGUCGACGAUGAUGACAACGACGAGGAUGACAACGACGAGGAGAAUGAGGACAAGGAGGAAGAGUUUGAGGAAUCUCCACCGGGCUGUGCUAAGCCGGUUACCUGA